CACCUGUUAACGCGAUCGUCUGGUUUAAGCGACCUGUGGCCGUCCAAUCCGCGACAGCCGUUUCCAUCAUUCUCCAUCAUUCUCCAUCAUUCUCCGCCAAUCCCGAUGCCCAUUUCCAUUAUUCUCCAUCAUUCUCCGCCAAUCCCGUUGCCGCAAAGAUGGAUCCGCGAAUCACAAUGGACAAUCCAAGAUGGAGUCAAAGAUGGACGCGCCAAUCAGAUCGCGUCGGACGCGCCAAUCAGAUCGUGCGCGUCGAAGUGACGUUUCGUUCGCCCAUAUAUGCGGCGUUUCAGCGCGCGAUAGGUAGCGGAUUUCAAAUAGCCAGGUAAGAGAUGUUUCUUCGUGUUUUUCAACAGUCGGUAAAUUAUAUUUAUAUCGCGUGUUUAGGUGUGUGCUUUGAGCGGUCUUUAUUAUGACACGUUACUUUUGUAAUGUUCUAACGCGUAAUUACGUGUGUAUUAUAGUGACUUUUGGAGUUAUUACAUCUCGUGUUCCAGAACUCGCUUUUAAUUGUGUGCUUUGUUCAAACCUUAUGCUAGCAAGUUUUGGAAUGUUAUGUCGAGCGUCUUCAAUUAGCUUUGGAAUGUUUAUCGUGUUGUUACUUUUAUUAUAUAGUGUUUGAAUGUUUAUCAUCUUAUUAUUUUUAUAUAUAGUGUUUAUCAUAUUAUAUUAUUAUUAUUGUAUAGUGUUUCCUUUUGUUCGACAAUUUCAUUAAUCAAUAAGUUCAAUUCUUUGCAUUUUAUUGUCCCUUUUAAUUUAUUUAAUUAUCACAUGUUGUGAUUUAAUUAUUAUACAAUUCGACAUGCUUCAUAGACACUGGUCAGAACCUACAUGACCAAACAAAAAAACUAGGAUGGUAAAAAUGGAAAGAAUCAGUGUAUAUUUUUAACAGUUUUUCUAUGAGUCUUUUUUGAAGUGCUAAAAAUGUCCAAGCAAGCCUCAAAAAUCUCACAAGGCCAUGGGGGACGAGGAGUGGAUGUCCCGCCUGCGGCGGUUGGGCAAAAACGAACAAACAAAAACACUGGUAAAAAUGGAAGUUGAAAGAAACCAGGUCUGUUUUAAAAUGAUAAUGACUGUAGCAGUUGUACAACUUUAGAAGAGAAAACAUGCCAAUGCAGUAGUCAGUGCAGUGAUGUGGUCAGUGUUUUAUUUUUAACAGUUUUUCUGAGUCUUUUUUGAAGUGCUGAAGAUGUCCAAGCCUCAGAAAUCUCACAAGGCCAUGGGAGACCAGGAGUGGAUGUCCCGCCUGCGGCAGUUUGCCAGCACAGGCGUGUGGCCCUCCGAAGCAGGCAACAGACCUGCUCCUCGUCAGAAGAAGUGGUAUGACCUGUUUCAGAGGAUAGAUAAAUGUCCAGCGCAGGCCCGUGGACAGACGUCCCUUUUUGGCGGAGUACAGAGCUGUCUUUGUGGGUUCCACCUUCCCAGGGGAACCAGUGAUCAGCCUGCCUCCACGUCCGGUGCCGCCCCUACCCCGACCUCUGCCCAGACGACCAGACGACCUCCACUUAACAUAUCAAUGUUUACAAAGCCACGGUUUGGAGGGACCCACAGUGCUGCAGCCAAGCCUAACGUAAACAUACCAAGGAGGAAGCUGGGGCAUCAGUCCUCAUCAGCCUCCUCCCCACUGUCUGAGAGUGCCAGCCCUUCUCCUUCAGCCUCUGUGACAGCCGGCACUCAUCCUUCCUCCACCUUGAAAGCAAGCUCUUUUCCUCCCUCCACUGUGAGGGCCAGCCCUUCUCCUUCAGAGUCUGUGAGAGCCAGCCCUUCUCCUUCAGAGUCUGUGAGAGCCAGCCCUUCUCCUUCAGAGUCUGUGAGAGCCAGCCCUUCUCCUUCAGAGUCUGUGAGGGCCAGCCCUUCUCCUUCAGAGUCUGGAGAUCCGAUCACCUCUGCUGCUCCCAGUGGUGUGCCGACUUCUGCUCCUCCAGCUCCUGAUGAUGGUUCUGGGUCCGUUUCUUCUCUGCCACCUGAAAUGAGGAAGACGAUCCCCUUACAAGAUCAGCGGUGGAUUGCAUCUACACUCUAUCACGGUGGCAGACUUCGGUCAGGCUUGAAGCUCUGGUACGAGCCUCCAGUCCCCUCCCUCAUCUACCACCAGGCUCCAUUACCAGACCGGUUCUUCACACACAGGCUCCUGGUGUGGAUGCCCUACCACCUGUGGAAGGUCAGGCUGUUUUGUCCUGUCUGUGGGAAGCAGCUGACUGGCUAUGGCAUCCAUAAAAGGGCUCGCAGGGUGCUGGACAUCGACAGGUAUUACCUGAUGGUGACAGAGACACUCAGGUGUACCGUUUGUCGUCUUAAUUACAUUUCCACCAGCCAGACUGUCCUGAACCAGCUCGACUUGCCCCACCGGGCACUGUUUCGCGUGAUCUUGACAUACAAGUACGCAUGUGAUAUUCGUGUCAUACGCCUGCUGAGGGAGAGGACACUUGGAAAUAGCCCCACUAGACUGGCCAGACAGCUAAAGGAGAACCAUGGGGAGGAGUGGCUUCACCACUUGGCCCACUACAUGGAGGAGUGCGCUGUCUUUGCUGACCGCCCCAGCUUCCUCCCUGUUGCUUUUCAGGAGCCUCCGCAACCCAUUGAAGUGCCUACCAGCAAGUGGCUGUUGACUGUUUAUGGGAAGGACAUCAUAAGCCGUCUGGAUCAUAUUAAGGCCAGCAUCACCUCAACAUUUGGGACCAUUUUAAAAAUGGAUUCAACAAAAAAGAUCACGAAGAAGCUGGCCGGCCAUGCCCGGGGCACUGCGCAGUGGAUGUCCUCUGUUAGCAACGAGAGAGGACAGAUACUCAUCAGUGUCCUGACUGCCCAGGAAGGCCCUGGUCUGGACUCCAUGGUGUCAGGCCUGGUCAGCAGGUACCAGCAGGCAGGGGUGGCUCCUCCGGUGCUGCUGUAUGUGGAUUCUGGCUGCUGUAUAGACAAGGGGCAGAGCAAGCUGCAGACCCGUUUUGGAGGAUGGCCUGACCUGAACAUCAGGCUGGACAUCUGGCACUUUAUGCGGCGACUGGCGACAGGGUGCUCUACGGAUGCUCAUCCCCUCUACCCAACCUUCAUGGCACGUCUGUCGGCGUGCAUCUUUGAGUGGGAUCCGCAUGACGUUGCUCUUUUGCGUCGGGCGAAGAGAGAGCAGCUGGAGGACGAAAGGCUGCCUCUGAUCACUGAUGACCUGGUGAACAGGCGCAUUUCAAAGAAGGAGCUGGCCCUCUACUGCCGUCGGAGGACUCGUGGAGUGGAGACCACAGUCCGCCUGAUUGACCACCUCCUGCAGGAGCUGAAAGAGGAAAAGGGGAGAGACCUUAUGGGUGUCCCUCUGCUGGACACGGUGAGGAUGGAGUACAUAUGGCAUGUUCAGAAGAGGCACGUGAAGUGCAUCCAGGACGUGCCGGGUGUGUCUCUCUACACCGAGACAGGCACCACCACCACCAAGGGAGGGAUAGUGCUCACCAGGUACAGGUGCGCUAGGGGCUCAACAUCACUCGAGUCUUUCCACUGCCACAUGCAAAGGUUCAUUCCAGGAACCAGCGCAAACACCCUGAAUUUUCAGCUCUAUCUCCUGGAAGGCCUGAACAGGUGGAACCAGGACCGGGCAGCAGCUUCCUUGGCCACCAAGCCAUCCUCUCUCCUCACCUAUGCAGGGGAGGUGGUUCACUGUAUAAACACAAACAGUCUGAAGGUGUUCGGGAGGAAAUACAUUCCCAGCUUCCAGGCCCCUUCGAAGUACACUGGGGAGCUUAUCGGAGUGGACUACCUACUCGCUCAGACUGGACAGCCGCUUCAGAGGGUGGACCCAGAUGCUGAGGCAACAGACCAGCUGCUGGAGGAAGUUAAUGUCGAUGAGCAGGAGGAUGAAGGAUUUGAGGAGGACCUAAGUGAUGAUCGUACCUUGGCCUCGUUGCUAGAAGAUCUGACAACAACUGCCGCCAGAAUUCACCCUGCUGCUUCCUCCGCCCCGCCAGCCGCCGCGUGUUCCACCGCCCCGCCAUCCGCCGCGUCCUCCUCCUCCUCCUCCCAGCCAGCCACUGCGUCCUCCUCCGCCCCGCCAGCCGCCGCGUCCUCCUCCCAGCCAGUCGCCACAUCCUCUACCGCCCCGCCAUCCGCUGCGUCCUCCUCCCUGCCAGCUGCCGCGUCCUCCUCCACCCUGCCAUCCACCCCGUCCUCCACCGCCCCACCAGCCGCCGCGUCCUACUCUGCCCAGCCAUCUGCCGCGUCCUCCUCUGCCCUGCCAGCUGCUGCGAGCACUGAUAUGUCUACAGCUCCACCUGGUAUCAGUGCUCCAGAUUCUCCCACUCAAGUGCCUGAGGAGACUUUGGCUGUGGAUGAUCAAAAUGUGCCAGGGAUGGACCGGGUGGACAGCCUGGCAGAUUACCUGGUGGAGCUGAGGCAUCAAACUGGUCUAACCCUCAGCAGUCAGCAGGUCAGUGAAAUUGUGGCCCUCUGGCAGAACCUGCUGGAUUUUGACAAGCAGCGGGUGGUCUUUGCUGCCAGACACCAGGAAAGGUUGACCACAGGGAGGUUUCGGUCUCCUAAAAAGAAGGCCGUUUUCACUCCUGGGGUAGAGAGUCUGAAACGGUGUGUGUUGGCAUCGACAGCUUCACCCGCCCAGUGGCCAGACUGUUGCCGGCUCGUGGAGGCCAUUUUCAUCAGACUCUGCAGGAUUCACAAAAAUCCGAGGAGGAAGGGCAAGGGCUCCCUGACAAGAUGGUCUCUAAUCCUGCACGACUACCGCAGGAUCCGGCAGCUGAUCUUGAACAAUGGGGCCAUCAUACAGGGCACCAAUCUGCAGCUGGUGGAGGUGAAUCAGACGACUCUGGUUCAAUGGCACAAUGAGAGAGUGAAAAGGCAAGAUCUGACUCUCUUGUUGCAAGGAAUGGAUCUGCCUGAUCCUCUUCCUGUUGCCGCUGAGCCUCUGCAAUCUGCCAGCGCUCGUCCGGCUGCACCACCAUCGCAAGGGCAAGGGCAAGAGCACGCGUACAGCUUGCCGCACAACACGGUAGGGCAAGCCAGACAGAAGAGGCGCAUCACCUCCACGUCCCCCCCAGACCCACGUGAGACAGCGAGACCAAAGCUGGCACCCCAAAGACAGUUGCUUCCUCGACCUCCAGGUGCUUUCGUCACACUUGCUCCCCACCCUAGCCCCACGUACACCGUGUUUGUGGUCCCUGGACCCUCAGCCACCACCACUCCUCAGCCCAGCAGCACUCCACCUUCUGUAGUGCUCCAGCCACCCCAAGCUAGCAGUAUUCCUCCAGCUACGGCCGUCCAACCACAAAUGCCACGUCGACCACGUGCGUAUACAAGAAGAGUGGAGGCGAAUACAUGCAAAAAAUGUGGUCGCCACAGGACAGCGGAGACUGGACAUAGCCAGUAUAAGGGCACUAUUUACUGUCCGAAUACUGAGACUCUAACGAAAGAGCAGUGGCUGGAACAGAUUAAGAAAAAAUAGGUUUUAUUUCUUUACACAGUUAUAUGUAUAUAUUUUAUACGUAAAUAUAAUGUUUAAAAUACUUAUAGUUUUUUUUUGUUGUUGUUGUUGUUUAUAGUCUUAUAUAGUUAUACUUUAAUAUUUUACUCUUUUAUAAUAAUUUAUCACUUGUAUUUAUUGUUAUGGUGCGUGUGUUGUAUUAUAUUAUGCUUAAGCUGGUGUGUUUGUUUAUUUAUUUAUUUAAAAAUACAGUUUUAUUGUUUAUAUA